AUGGUGAAAGACCACCACAAAGAGACCCUCGCUCACGCCUUAGUUGCGCAACCAGUGCCGUCUCAGAUUUCAUCAGUGCCUUCUCUACCUCAGUCGACUGAGUGGCUCUUAGACUCAGGAGCUUCUCAUCAUGUCACCGGUGACUUGCUUCGCACCUGUCCUCUUAUUUUGCUUAUGCUGGUUCAGAUACUCUCACCAUUGGAGUGGAGUGGAGAUGGUACUGGUAUGAAAAUAUCCCACAUUGGCUCUUCUCCUGCGGCCUUGUCUCAUGGUUCCAUUCACGCUUCGCGCCCUCUCGCCUUUUCCCACAACUCAUUCAUAAAACCAGUUGUCCGUACACUCCUCAGCAAAACGGAGUGGCCAAGCGCAAACAUAGACACAUUACCUUAG